AUGGACGCAACAUACAAGACGAACAGGUUCAGGAUGCCUCUUCUUGAGAUUGUCGGGGUGACUCCAACAAAUAUGGCAUAUUGCAUAGCAUUCGAGCUCUUGAAUUCUGAGAAGGAGGACAAUUAUACAUGGGCUUUAAGGUGUUUGCAGUCGACAAUAAAGGAAAGUAUUGCCCCAAGAGUUAUUGUCACCGAUAGAGAGUUGACGCUGAUGAAAUCAUGUGCCCUGGUAUUUCCUGAUACAAAGAAACUACUCUAUAGAUGGCACAUAUAUAGGAGUGUUUUGGCAAAUUGCAAAAGAUUAUUUCAAGACAAGGAAUCAUUGGAUGCAUUCUACUCCUCAUGGAAUACGUUGGCGGAGUCUGAAAAUGAGAUUGCCUACGUGUACAAUUUGUCACACCUAGAGGUAAUCCUACAAAACUAUGCAUUUGUGCUUAAUUACAUUAAAGAUGUAUGGUUGACACCAUAUAACGAGAUGUUUGUCUUUUCUUGGACAAAUACGUAUUUGAAUUUCGGGAACUUGACCACUAAUAGGGUCGAGAGUCAGCAUGCAAAGUUAAAGAAAUACCUGGGAUCAUCACAGUCAGACGUUGAGUCCAUAAUAUCUUGCAUUCAUCAGCUCGUCCAAUCUCAGGCCACAUCAAUCAAGGCUAGCUUGGAGAAAAGUAAACAUAUCGUCAAGCAUUGGUUCAACACAAAUCAGUUCAGGGAAUUACGUGGUUUUGUUUCGAUCGAUGCAUUCAAUCUGAUUUUCAAUGAAUCUGAGCAAUCUAAAGUUGUCAGAGAAGAUUCGUACGCUUGUGGAUGUAAACUUGGUACAAUCUACGGACUACCGUGUGUGCACGAGCUUUCAAUAUACAUAAACGAUAGUCAGCCUAUACCACUUGCUUCAAUCGAUGCAUUCUGGAAGAAACUUGACCUAUCGCCAUGCGUUUCUCUCAGAGAUGAUGACAUCGAUUGUACUGUGGAGCUACAAAUGUUUGCAGAACAAUUUAAGCAUCACUCACGACCAGGAAAGUUCAGUCUACUAUGA